GACGUCACAACUGUCAUAGGUCAAAAUAUUAUCAUUCGCAAAGAGAAACGUGCUUCGGAUUGUGGUUGUGUGUCACGUCACAUACAUGGCUCUGUUUUAAGUGUGUACAUAUUAUGUGCAGUCGAUUAACACCUCUAGUGCGUUUAGUUAGUAGCUACAGUCGACAAAAAAUGAAAUAUAUUUUAGUAACUGGAGGUGUCAUCAGCGGAGUGGGAAAAGGAGUUAUAUCUAGUUCGUUUGGAACGUUGCUGAACAGUUGCGAUAUUCCGGUCACGUCUAUAAAAAUUGAUCCGUACAUAAAUAUUGAUGCUGGAACUUUUUCACCAUAUGAGCACGGCGAGGUAUUCGUAUUGGAUGACGGCGGAGAGGUGGACUUGGACCUCGGAAACUAUGAACGCUUUCUCGAUAUCACACUGCACAGUGAGAAUAACAUUACUACCGGAAAAAUCUAUCAACAAGUCAUCCAAAGGGAACGACGUGGCGACUAUUUGGGAAAAACGGUUCAGGUCAUUCCGCAUAUCACGAAUGCCAUUCAAGAGUGGGUCGAACGUGUGGCUAACAAACCUGUGAAAGAGAACAUCACACCGCAAGUGUGCAUAGUCGAAUUGGGUGGUACAAUCGGCGAUAUCGAAGGAAUGCCAUUCGUUGAAGCAUUCCGACAAUUCCAAUAUCGAAUUGGCCGUGAAAAUUUGUGUUGCGUUCAUGUGUCGUUGAUUCCGACGCCCCGGUCGACAGGCGAACCGAAAACUAAGCCAACGCAAGCGAGUGUACGCGAACUUCGACGGCUCGGUCUGACACCCGAUCUAAUUGUAUGCCGUUCCGAAAAAGCUGUACCACAAGAUGUCAAAGAAAAGAUCAGUAUGUACUGCGAUGUGGCAGCCAACGAAGUAAUUUGUAUUCCCGAUAUGUCCUCCAUAUAUCAUGUACCACUGAUUAUGGACGCGCACAACAUCAUCGACUUUUUAAAAGAUCGACUCAAACUUGACAUCAAAUCUCCCAGACCAAUCAAAUACCUGCACCAGUGGCGAGAUUUGGCCAAGAAAAUGGACAAAAUAACGCGAGAAGUGAAUAUAGCAUUGGUGGGAAAGUACACCAAAUUAGAAGAUUCGUACGCAUCCGUUACGAAGUCCUUACAACAUGCGGCUACUUCGGCUGGCUACAAAUUGAAUUUGAAAUUCAUUGAUGCAUCGCAUUUGGAUUAUAAAACGAAAUUCGAGGACCAGACCAAAUUUCACGAAGCCUGGCUGAUUAUGUCGCGCAGCGAUGGUGUUAUUGUACCGGGUGGUUUCGGUUCACGUGGCAUGGAAGGAAAGAUUUUAGCGGCUAAAUGGUGUCGAGAGAAUAAAAAACCGUAUCUGGGUAUCUGUUUGGGACUGCAAGCUUCGGUCAUUGAAUUUGCACGGAACGUACUUCAUUUGGAGAAAGCCAACACAACCGAAAUAGACCCCGACACUGAACACAAGCUGGUGAUUGACAUGCCCGAAUUUACACCAGAAGACAAAGGUGGCACAAUGCGUCUUGGAGCUAGGACAAGCGUGUUUAGAAAUAAUGACACAAGUGUCAUAAGACAACUGUACGGCAACAAAAGUUCCAUCAAAGAAAGGCAUCGUCAUCGCUACGAAGUAAAUCCAAAUUACGUUGACGAAUUGCAGAAACAUGGACUGCAAUUUGUGGCUACUGAUACUGAAGGAAAACGUAUGGAAGUAGUUGAACUGGAUGAUCUUCCAUAAUAUGUGGCAUUACAAUGCAUCCGGAAUAUCUUACUCGACCACUGUAACUGUGUCUGCCGUUUUUAAGCUUAAUUUUGUGAUAUGAGUAGUGUUAGCUAACUAGUUCAGAUUUAAGAAUUACGAAUCAGCAAAAAUGACAACAAUGAAUCCGUUUAGUGUCUGUCUAAACUAAAUGCACUAAAUGUUAGAACAGUGACGACAAAGAUCUUAUAACCAGCAUGACGUGAAAUAGAGUCACGAAUCAUAGUGUACGAGGUGUACGAUCGACGCUGCUAUUCAAUUAAACAUUUCAAUUUCAACAGAUGGGGAGGCAAGUCCUCGUAUUGAUGGGCAUAGUUCAUGUUUCAAACCGAAUGAAAAGGUUCAUAGUACAGAUGAAUCUGGAGAAAAUUAUAAAUAGAAAGCUUGGUCGUCUCACUGACUUUGGGAGACACAUAUUGUAGAAUUGUACGUUAAAUUCAUGAAAAUAAAGCAUUUUUGAAAGGA